ACAAAGUGGUACGGUCCCACGUGGCGUGCAAGAUGGCGACGUUAGACAGUGAUCAGGUUACGAAGGCUGCCAAGGCCCUUGUGAACUUCCACCAGGAGAGGGGAACAAAGAAGAAGGGAAAGAAAGAUUUACUUGAGGAUGAGGCGGCCAUGCCUGUGUUCAUGCAGUUCUCGGUCAAGAGGAUCCCGAAGGAGAAGAACCAGAAAUAUCUGAUAAAACUUCCCCACAGCAUAGAGAAGCCCACAGAGGUGUGCCUGUUCACACGUGACAGGAAGAACCUGGAACCUGAGCUUCCCACUACGGAGAUGUACUACAUGGACUUACUCAAGAAACAUGGAGUCACGUGUGUCACUGAGGUUAUCUCCUACAAGAAGCUGUCUAAAGAGUAUAAGCAGUUUGAAUCCAAGCUGCGUCUUCUCAAGUCCUUUGACCUGUUCCUGUCAGACAGAGGAGUCACAAGGAUGCUCCCAUCCCAUCUGGGAAAGCACUUCUACAAGGCCAAGAAGUUCCCUAUCGAUGUGAACCUGGAGAAGAAGGACCUGAAGCCAGAGUUCCAGCGUGUCCUGGGCAGCACCAGGUGUACAGUCACUGGGCACGGCUCCUGCAGCUCAGUAAUGGUGGGUACCACCAGUAUGACAGCAGAGCAGGUGACAGAGAAUGUGGAGGCUGUGGCUAAGGAGCUGGGAGACAAGAUAGAGUUUGGCUGGCCCAACAUCAAGUCUGUCAGCAUUAAGUCCCAGAAGUCCCCAGCCCUCCCGGUGUACGUGAACGUGGAGCCGCUCCAGUUGCCGUCGGAAACCAUCGCUGCCUGGCGCGAGGAGAGGCUCCAGAACCAGGAGGAACGUCAGAGUGCCAAGAAACGGAAGAACAGGAAGAGAAAGAGGAAACCAAAGCAAGCUGAUAAAUCUGAUGAGGCGAAGGCAGGAGACAAGAAACAGACACCUGAACAGCCAGGUGAGAGUAAGAAACAGAAGAAAAAGAAGUCAGUAGAAGGAAAAGAGAAUGCUGAAGGGAAAGAAGGACCAGCGCAAGGUAAAGCUCAGGGUCCAAAGCAGGAGUCAGCAGUGCAACAGAAGAAGCAAGCAGCAGGGCAAAAAGGAGCACAGAAAAGUGUCUCUGAGCCGAUGAAGACCCAAAAUGGACAGGAUACCAAAGAUAAGAAAGCAAAGAAAGCUGGGAAGGACCAGAAGCAAGCAGCAGAGACUGCCAAGGCUGUAGGUGUUACCACUAAACAGGAGCCACAGAAAAAGGCAAAGUUGGAUAAGGUUGAGAAACAGGAGGAGAAGAAGGAAGAGGAUGCUGAGGAUGUUGUGGAGGAAAAAGAUGAGGAUGAGGAUGAGGAGAUGUACAGUGAUGAGUCUGAGCUGGAGUUUGAGAGUGAUGAUGAGGAUGAUGAAGAAGAAGACAGCUUCAUAGAUGAUGAGGCUGAGGAGGGAGAGGAGACUGAUGACAGUGAUGCGUGGGAACUGAUGGAGGAAGAUGUGGAGAGUGGAGAAGAGGAAGAAGAGGCUGAUGAAGAUGAUGAGCCAACACCUCCAAAGAAGAGAAAAGUCGUGGAACCAGUAGAGCCAGCUGCAUCCCCAAAGAAGAAUAUAAAGGCCACUCCCAAGUCUACACAGAAGGCAGCAGCAGCAGCCCAGAAGAAAAACACUCCCAAGUCUACACCAUCAAACAAGCCCCAGACAACUCCAGGCACAGCACCUUCUCCCAAGCAAGGCACGGCAGGGAAACCCAAGACCCCCAAAGCUACCCCCAAACAGAAGGCAACUCCCAAGGCAGCAGCAAAGAUUCCUCAGAAGGCCACACCCAAAGCCAGCAGUACCCCCAUGCCCACCACACCAAUGACAGGGGCGUGGCAGGUCACACCUGGGCAGAAGGCAGGUGGGAAAACACCUGUGGGUAAGAAAGCUGCAGGAAAGGGCUCCAAACCUGCCACACCUAUGUCUGCUAAGGGGAAAAGGAAACAGAACUGAAUGUAACUGUAUCCUCUUCUUGUUUGUUAGAUUCUUCUCUUAAUUUGUUCUCUUUUAUGUUUCACAGAGGAAAGUCAAAUGACCCAUGGAAAAAGUCAUGUUAUGUUGAAGUUGGCAGCACAACCAGGAACUGUUUUAAGGAAGUUGUUGAUAUGGAUUCAGAUUGAUUCAGAAAUUUAAUUUUUAUUACCUAAGGUUUAGACUUUCUCCCUAAACCUAUAAAACCCAUUAACUUUGAUGUUAUUUCGUUGACUCUUUGAAGAUUACAAUGCCACAAUAGUCAAACUGAGACAUUUAUUUAGUACAAAUGUACAUGUAAUUUUGUCUUUUUCAAUUAGGAACAAUGUACUAAAUAACAGUUGGUUUGAUUACCUUUAAAUCAAGGUAUGGUUUUUCAAAGUACAGCACUAUUUUAUCCAUUCAAUCAAUGUAUGUACUGAUGAAAUGUUUUACAUUUCUGCAAA